AUGGAUAAUUUCAGGGCGAGAGAGUUGCAGAUUUCUCAGUUAACCCUUGAGAGGCCAAGCCAGUUUGCUGCGCCGGACGAGGACCCUCCAUCAGACCUGGGUACUCCGGCCGCAACAGAAACUAUGUCUACAGAAUGGACGGAUGAGAAACACAGUAUGUACCUGAAAUCUAUGGAAGCAUCAUUUGUUAACCAGUUGUAUAGUUCCAUGGAUUCGCGUGGUUGGCACUCACAAAAGGGAAGUUUAUUGCAUCCCAAAUCAUCAAGGCAACCCCAGUUCAAUUCUCGUGCCCCUUCUGGCCAGUUUAAGGUACUUCGAGGUGGCUGCUGGCAGAAAAUCAAUUUUGUAAGAGCUGAAGCAGAUGGAUCUUGUGGUGAUCUUCUGGCAAAUCCGUGGGUGCUGCACUUCAGAUCUUCUUGCAAGACCAAAGAAGUUGAAUCUCCCAUUGUCCAAGAAGCAGUUGCAUCUGUAAGUGAGGAAGUUGAUUCAAUUGGGAAGAAGGAAAUGCCCUGUGCACCAGCUACUUGUUCAAAGCAUUUUCGUGCAUCUCACUCUCAGUUGUGCCAUCAGGAUAUGGUUGGAGGCAACACAGAAGUGUCAGACCAGAACUUUGUUGAUGAAGAUAUCAAAGAAGAAAAAACUCUUGGUUCAUGUGAUGCUAAGAGGAUGAAAGCUCUUAUACUCGAUGUUGCAAAUAACGAUCAGGUUGUUCCACUGCGCAAGCCUGCUGAUACCUGA